AUGGAGAUCGGCGCCGGUCCACAUCCGCUGCGCCUGCUGGUCUGCCUGAUGCCGCUCUGUCUCGCUUUGCUUUUGGGACCAGGGAGGCCCGGGACGGCCGAGGAAGUCAUCCUCCUGGAUUCUAAAGCCUCCCAGGCUGAGCUGGGCUGGACUGCACUUCCGAGUAAUGGGUGGGAGGAGAUCAGCGGCGUGGACGAACACGACCGUCCCAUCCGCACAUACCAGGUGUGCAACGUGCUGGAGCCCAACCAGGAUAACUGGCUGCAGACUGGCUGGAUCAGCCGUGGCCGUGGGCAGCGCAUCUUUGUGGAGCUGCAGUUCACACUGCGCGACUGCAGCAGCAUUCCCGGAGCCGCGGGCACCUGUAAGGAGACUUUCAACGUCUACUACCUGGAAACUGAGGCCGAUCUGGGCCGCGGGCGUACCCGCACGGGCAGUAGCCGACCCCGCAAGAUCGACACGAUCGCGGCGGACGAGAGUUUCACGCAGGGUGACCUGGGCGAGCGCAAGAUGAAGCUGAACACCGAGGUGCGCGAGAUCGGUCCGCUCAGCCGGCGGGGUUUCCACCUGGCCUUCCAGGACGUGGGCGCAUGCGUGGCGCUGGUCUCUGUGCGGGUCUACUACAAGCAGUGCCGCGCCACGGUGCGGGGCCUGGCGACGUUCCCAGCCACCGCAGCCGAGAGCGCCUUCUCCACGCUGGUGGAGGUGACCGGCACUUGCGUGGCGCACUCAGAAGGGGAACCCGGAAGCCCCCCGCGCAUGCACUGCGGUGCCGACGGCGAGUGGCUGGUGCCCGUGGGCCGCUGCAGCUGCAGUGCAGGAUUCCAGGAACGUGGUGACAUCUGUGAAGCUUGUCCCCAAGGCUUCUACAAGGUGUCUCCUCGGCGGCCGCUCUGCUCGCCGUGCCCAGAGCACAGCCGGACCCUGGAAAACGCGUCCACGUUCUGCGUGUGCCAGGACAACUAUGCGCGCUCGCCCACCGACCCGCCCUCAGCGUCCUGCACCCGGCCGCCGUCGGCGCCGCGGGACCUGCAGUACAGCCUGAGCCGCUCGCCGCUGGCGCUGCAGCUGCGGUGGCUGCCGCCAGCAGAUUCCGGCGGUCGCUCGGACAUCACGUACUCGCUGCUGUGCCUGCGCUGCGGCCGCGAGGGCCCGGCGGGCGCGUGCGAGCCGUGCGGGCCGCGCGUGGCCUUCGUGCCGCGCCAGGCGGGGUUGCGGGAGCGCGCCGCGACGCUGCUGCACCUGCGACCCGGCGCGCGCUACACCGUGCGCGUGGCCGCAGUCAACGGCGUGUCAGGCCCGGCGGCCGCCGCGGGAGCCACCUAUGCGCAGGUCACCGUCUCCACCGGGCCCGGGGCCCCCUGGGAGGAGGAUGAGAUCCGCAGAGACCGAGUGGAGCCCCAGAGCGUGUCCCUGUCGUGGCGGGAGCCCAUCACCGCUGGAGCCCCCGGGGCCAAUGGCACAGAAUAUGAGAUCAGAUACUACGAGAAGGGCCAGAGUGAGCAGACCUACUCCACAGUGAAGACAGGGGCGCCCGCGGUCACCGUCACCAACCUGAAGCCGGCUACCCGCUACGUCUUUCAGAUCCGCGCGGCCUCCCCGGGGCCCUCCUGGGAAACCCAGAGCUUCAACCCCAGCAUUGAAGUGCAGACCCCAGGGGAGGCUGCCACAGGAUCCGGGGAACAGAGCCCCGCGGUUGUCGUCACCGUGGUGACCAUCUCAGCCCUCCUCGUCCUGGGCUCUGUGAUGAGCGUUCUGGCCAUUUGGAGGAGGCCCUGCAGCUAUGGCAAAGGAGGUCGGGAUGCCCACGAUGAGGAGGAGCUGUAUUUCCACUUCAAAGUCCCCACCCGCCGCACGUUCGUGGACCCCCAGAGCUGUGGGGACCCAUUGCAAGCCGUUCAUCUGUUCGCCAAGGAGCUGGAUGCAAAUAGCGUCACGCUGGAGAAGAGCCUUGGAACAGGGAGGUUCGGGGAGCUGUGCUGCGGCUGCCUGCAGCUCCCCGGCCGCCAGGAGCUCCCCGUGGCUGUGCACACGCUGCGGGAGGGCUGCUCCGACUCUCAGAGACUCAGCUUCCUGGCCGAGGCCCUCACCCUGGGCCAGUUCGACCACAGCCAUGUGGUGCGGCUGGAGGGCGUUGUUACCCGAGGAAGCACCUUGAUGAUUGUCACCGAGUUCAUGAACCAUGGGGCCCUGGACAGCUUUCUCAGGAGGCAUGAGGGCCAGCUGGUGGCUGGGCAGCUGCUGGGGCUGCUGCCCGGCCUGGCGUCAGCCAUGAAGUAUCUGUCAGAAAUGGGCUACGUCCACCGGGGCCUGGCGGCCCGCCGUGUGCUGGUCAGCAGCGGCCUCAUCUGCAAGAUCUCUGGCUUCGGGCGGGGACCCCGGGACCGAGCAGAGGCUGUCUACACCACCAUGAGUGGCCGGAGCCCGGCACUGUGGGCUGCCCCUGAGACGCUUCAGUUUGGCCACUUCAGUUCCGCCAGUGAUGUGUGGAGCUUCGGUGUCCUCAUGUGGGAGGUGAUGGCCUUUGGGGAGCGGCCCUACUGGGACAUGUCUGGCCAAGACGUGAUCAAGGCCGUGGAGGACGGCUUCCGGCUGCCGCCCCCCAGGAACUGCCCCUCUCCCCUGCACCGACUGAUGCUUGACUGCUGGCAGAAGGACCCAGGUGAGCGGCCCAGGUUCUCCCAGAUCCAUGGCAUCUUGAGCAAGAUGAUGCAGGACCCAGAACCCCCGAAGUGUGCCGACACCACCUGUCCCAGGCCUCCUACGCCCUUGGAGGACCGUGCCUUCUCCACCUUCCCCUCCUUUGGCUCUGUGGGCGCGUGGCUGGAGGCCCUGGACCUGGGCCGCUACAAGGACAGCUUCGCUGCAGCCGGCUAUGGGAGCCUGGAGGCCGUGGCUGCCAUGACUACCCAGGACCUGGUGAGCCUGGGCAUCUCAUCGGCGGAACACCGGGAGGACCUCCUCAGCGGGAUCAGCGCCCUGCGGGCCCGGGUCCUUCAGCUGCAGGGCCGGGGCGUGCAGGUGUGAGUGGCUGUCUCUUCCAGGCCAGGACCCCAGGGCCUCCGGCCUCCAGCCCUGCCAAGGACCCCAGCAAGCUGUGCGUCACCUGUGUGGCAGUGAACGCUCUCUUCCUCUGCUUGGGCCCAGAGCUUGUGUGAGGCCACACUGCCCCCCAUUUCACUGCCGACUCCUCCCAUUUUCUCCAGUUUCAACACCAUGGCUGACUCAAUCCCCUGGGAAAAAGGCGAGGGACUAUUUUCAGAACCUGGGGAGGCCCCUGAGAUAACAGUAGGAGGAAAUGCAGUGUGGGCAGGGGCAGAGAGAGGGAUGUAGCUUUAAAUCGCCCAGCUCAUGCCCUUCCGUCUUCCACACCCAGUGGCGGCUGGGGCCUACCCCAGGGGGUACCCUAUUUCCCCACAGACCAUUGGCCAACAGGCAGCACAGGUCCCUGAUGGAUGGGCUGCUGUUAGACCUGGCAGUGACCACAGUUGCCUGGCUGCCCUUCCUGAUGGGCCCGGGGUCCUUAGCUCCCUGUGCUCCGGCUGGGCCCUCUUUGGACCCUGGUCCUGAGGCCCAGGCAGGCAGAGGUGGUGCUGAGCUCAGGGGCUGGACCCCGAGGGCCCUAGUCUCAGGAGCUGAUUUCUGCUUGCCCCACCCUUGGGCUGACUGCUCAGGGUGAGGGUGAGGGUCCCGGUGCUCCCCUGUGGCCCCACUAGGUCCUCCCUUUGCAUUCCUCUUAUAAACUCACUAGCCAGCAUCUGGGAGGUGUUUUCUCCUCGGGGCCGAAAAGCUUUGCUCCCCAGCCUUGGGGGAUGGUUGAAGGUGUGACUCAGAGAUGGAGCUUCUCUCUCCAACAGGCUGGUCCAACCCUUCCUGUACAGGUGGGAAACCAAGCCCAGUGAGGAGUCAGGGCCAGAGCUGGGGUUGAACCCGUGUGCCCAGCUCCCAAUCCAGGGUUCAGGUUGGCUCUGGAGAGAGUCUCGGGUCCUGCCCUAUAUCACCAACGCUCUUUCCUGAGGCAGCCCAGGGGUGCCCUGUGGUGACCCCUCCUGCAGGUUCCAUCCCCUGCACCACCCAGCCUCCUGUGGCGUGUCUCCUCCCUCUGCCUCUGCAGGGCUCUGGCCAAAGUGGUUGCACUGAGCUGACUCCAGAGCUCCUUAUCCAGGAGGGCUUCCCAGAGGUGUGGGUGACCGUGAGGCACAGGCUUUCAUAGGGCAGUAGGAAGGCAACAGGGUCUGGAUAGGGCCACCCCUGACAUAUGCCUGCUCCGGGAUUGGCUACAUGUGGGUGGGGUCGGAUGGGGUGGGAAGGAGACAAGGGCUUCAGGAAAGGGUGAAUGAGACACAGCUGGCCCUUGGAGGGCUCAGACGGGGCGGGAAGAUGAGGUCGGGCUCUGAGGAGUAGUACCAAAUGUCACCCAUGGGAGACCUCUGGGCCCGUGGGCUGAAGGGCACAUGGACCUUUUUUUUUUUUU